AUGUCUGAGUUUACAGUUUUUCGUACAAUUUCCCCUUUUAACCGUAAUAAAAAGUACCCAUCUGCAUCUCGCAGACUUCUAGGUAUCAGCACAGCUGACUCUUCAAGAGUUUCACAAAUACCUCAAAAUUUAGAUUCCCCAUUAAUCACAGUUUAUCCUCACAAAGUAAAAAAACUCCUCGGCAGAUCAAAACCAAGGACUGGCCUGACCCCUCGGAUUGAGCGGAAAAUCAUAAAAUCUACCACAAAUACUCCAGAUGUCGAAAGCCUGUGGCCUAGGAACUCGAUUCCGAGUAAAGACAACAAAUCCCAUGCGAACUUGUUAAAGCAUGGAAUGCAAAUAAACAAGAUCAAAUAUGCCACAAAUCCGCGCAUGACAUUUGACUGAACAAUUUUCUCGUGCGACGUUUCCUUAAUUUUUGGUCAGAUUUUUCUUGUGAGAUUUUAUUUAGAAAAAAAGUUAAAAUACUAUAAAAUAUUUGGAAAAAAAAGAAAAUUAUAAGAAAUGAGGAAAAUAUACCGAUUAAAAUGAUGCCACAAAUAUUUCUUUUAUUGAUGAAAAGGUUACAGGACUAAGUUCAGCAGGAGAAGAUGGGGGAAAAGAUGAAAGGAAAAAAGAAGGGAACAGCAUUGAUGGGAUUGAGACUUUUAAAAGCAAAUCAGAAAUCCCAAGCAAGUCGAAUUAUUUGAUAAUUAAAAAAAGCAAAAUUGCAGCUUAUGAAGCAUAUAAUUUGAGAAAGCCGAAGACAAAUGGAGCUCCUUUUGUGAGCCAGACAAAAACGCCUGCAAAAUGGGUAUAUAAAUUUAUAUUUAAAAAAUUGCCAAAAAAAUAAUUUCGGUAAAAAUUACUUAUAAAAUUAUCUUAAAGCCUGCAAAGCAAGUUGAGGUGCGAAAAUCAACCCUGACCCCUCAGCCACGCAAGCCUGUUUUCAAAAAAAUUGAAAAAAUUUCGGUUAAAGAAACAAUGAGAGACAAAGAAUGGCUUGGAAAAGCAAAAGGCCAAAUCUUAAAAGAUUUUGCCUUGCAGCUAAACUGGAGCAAUGGGAUGACACUUGUAACCCCUACAGAGAAUUAUUUUACUUACUCCCCCCCCCCCCCUCCGUGAGCGAACAAAAAAAUUUUGUUCACUCACGGAGGGGGGUUAAUUUUUUUUUUUUAAAAAAAAUUUAUAUAUAAAUUUUUAUAAAAAAUAUUUUUUCGAAAUUUAAAAAAAUCCUAAUUUGCAAAAAUUAGAAGCAAAUAUUAAUUUAAUUUGCAAAAUUUAUGUUUUAAAACGCAAUUUGUUUUUAAAAAUUAAACAGAAUUAGCUCUAGAUUUCAUUAUACUAAUUAUCACUUAUAUAUCAAAAUUUUUUUCUAUUAAAAUUUUUUUCUAUUAAAAAAAUUUUUGUUCGCUCACGGAGGGUGGGUUUUUGGUCAAAAAAUGUGUGAUUUUUCUAAUGGUUUUGUUCGCUCACGGAGGGGGGGGGGAGAGUUAUAAAUAUUAUUUAGGAAAAGGAAAUAAUUCAGCAUUAGUAAAGCAAUGCUUAAGCACUAGAUAUUGGUGGUCAAGAGUUGAAGAAGCAGACAUAGACUCUGCAAAUUUGAUAUGAACCCAAUGAAAAGACCGUGAUUUCCUAAAAAAAUUGCCAAUUUUACCUCCAGAAAUUGAGCAUCAACUAGAAGCGACCCCUCCAAUCACAAUUUCUACCAACGUCAGAUAUUUAGACCCAGCCUCCUCCACAAGCUCCCAGCAAAUAAAAAUUGUUGAUUUAACUCCUUUAGGCUUUGAUGCAAUCACAAAAGCCGCAAGCUACUCACAUUUGUCAUGCAGCCAAACCUACAACUGCAAUGAAAUAAAAAUGCAUAACAAGCUUGAGAGAAACUACCAUUUAUCAAAUAAAAAAGCAUUAUUUAUAAAUUUGAAACAAUAUUAUACAGCUAUAGGAGAAAAUGUAUUUAAUUACACCCCAAUUACUUAUCAUAUAAAAGAUGGGGAAGAAGACCCCACUUUUGCUGAAUUUGAACAAGCAUUUAAUGAAAUUUCACAAAGAGAAGACCAAGGGAAAAAACCCUUGAAUGUUUGGAUUGUAAAGCCAGGGGAAAACACAAAUAGAGGAACUGGGAUUAAUGUAUGUGCAAGCAUUGACCAAGUGAAACAAGAACUAAAAAAUAACCCUUGUCCUCGCACAGGAAAACAUACUUUUAUUGUACAAAAAUACAUAGAGAGGCCAUUUCUUAUAAAUAAAAGAAAAUUUGAUAUAAGGUGCUAUGCACUAAUUACAUGCUACAAUGGUGUCGUCCAAGGCUAUUUUUAUAAUGAAGGAUAUUUAAGGACAGCUUCUAAAGGGUUCUCUAUCAGCAAUAUAACAAAUAAAUAUAUCCACCUUACAAAUGACGCUGUUCAAAAAAAUUCUGAGGAUUAUGGGAAAUAUGAAAAUGGUAAUAAAAUGACGUAUUCAGAUUUUCAAAGGUACCUUGAUAAAAACUGCAAUGACAAAAAAAGAAAUUUUAAUGAAGAAGUAUUGCCUGUUAUCAGAACAAUGGUAAAGGAUACAAUUCAAGCAGUUUAUUUGAAGCUUGACCCGAACCAUAGGAUCCAUACCUUUGAAAUAUUUGGGUAUGACUUUUUAUUGGAUGAAGAUUUAAAGCCUUGGCUGCUAGAGGUCAAUACAAACCCAUGCCUUGAGCUUUCAUCAACUCAUUUAGGAAGGAUUAUUCCUUCAAUGCUGGAAAAUGCAUUUAGGAUUGCGUUGGAUUCUAUUUUCCAAGAACCAAAUUCUACUCAAAAAAGAACGGCAACUGGGCUUGUAAGUGAAAUAAUACCAGAAAACAGGUUUGAGCUUAUUUUUCAUUCCUGUGUGGAUGGGCCGGUUUUGCUGGAUUUAUUGAAAGAAAAAGGGGCGAUAGAGCUGUUUCAAUAUAGCGAUCCUAUUAUUGAAGAAAUGAGUGAUGAAGAAGAUGAGCAGCAUGAUGAGCCAUAAGGAGAGUUUUAUAUUAAUUAAAACCCUUUAUUGCUAAUUUUCUAAAGCUUUUUUUUCAGGCCCACUUAAAAAAAAAUUCUUGUAAAACUUGGAAAAAUUUUCUUCUUAUGAUGACUUAUAAAAUUUGGUGACGUCACAACUUCUCAGAAGGAUCCCUAUUCCUUCUGAAUCCAAAAUCUAGCGGUUGCACAUCCUACUCCAGAGGGGAACUCGGUUGGGGAUGAUUGUUUGGGCUACCUUCACGUCCCCAGCUCAACACGAAGUCUCCUUGCACCCUUUAUUUCGAAGAGUCAUCAUGAAUUUGCUGCUGUACGUUUCAAGGACCUAGUGAAAAGCCCAAUAUGCUGGCAAAGCUCCGGACCUUCCGCCAGGUGCAGGGAAUCGAUAGAUUUUUUUUUGGCCGAUAUUUGACAUUACAACAAAAAAAUAAAACCUAAAUUUUAUAAUAAUGAAUAUGUAAAAAAAUCAAUAGGCUAGAUAGUCUGUGGACAUUUAUCGUCAUGAUUGUCGAUGAAGGAAUGGCACUCUGAGCUUCUUCUGGCUCCAUUUUUAAAAUUUUUUAAACAAUGAUGAGCCCGAAGAAGUAAAAGCUGAUACUUAA